GUGCAUGUCAUUAACCCUAUGUAAUAUGCCAAUUGUACCCUCCAACAUCCCCCAAACCCUAUCAACACCAUCGUUCCUAUCGCUCUCUGACACGCACGCUGCCCCCCCUCUCUCUCUCUCUCUCUCUCUCUCUCUCUCGCACGAACAACUAUCCUCUUCCUAUCCUCUUCUGCAGCGUCAUCCUCCAAGCUAGAAGAUGGAUCCCAACAGGCGUCAAGGUGGAAUCCAGCAAUUGCUAGCAGCUGAGCAAGAAGCUCAACAGAUUGUGAAUGCUGCAAGAAAUGCGAAAUUGGCUAGGUUAAAGCAGGCUAAAGAAGAGGCGGAUAAGGAGAUUGCUGAAUAUCGUGCACACAUGGAAGCUGAAUUUCAGAAGAAGGUCGCGGAGAGUAGCGGCGACUCUGGUGCGAAUGUCAAGCGCCUUGAACAAGAAACAGAAGCAAAGAUCGAGCACCUCAAGUCACAAGCCGAAAGCAUCUCCCGUGAUGUCGUUCAAAUGCUUUUAAGGCAUGUGACCACUGUCAAAAAUUAAGCGAUCCUAUGGAUAACCACCAAAUAAUAGUUGAUGUUGAUGUUGAUUGUUUCUAUGCCAUUUGGAUGGUUUUGUUGUUUUGAGAACUCAUGGGUGGGAAUUGAAUUCCAUGCCCGUAGUCGUCACUCUGGCAUUUUCCUAGAAUAAACUACUACUGUGUUGUCCACAGACUCGGUCAUUAUUGUAUAAGGUUGGUGCUUGCACUUGUGCUGUUGCAUCAGCAUUCACAUUAAGUGUUGGCUAUCUUUUCCUGGCAGGAUUAUUCGGUGUAAUCUAUGUUAUCCA